CGCCGCAGCGUGCCGUUCCACGCCAGCUUGCGCGUGAAGUCGAGCGCCACGUUGAGCGACCGGUGGCAGAGCGCCGCUAUCACGCCAAGAGACCGAGCCAGAAGCAAGCAGUGGUCGAGGGAUUUUGGCCCAGAGAAUAUGACGCGAUAGCGGCCCGCCCAUCUGAACACCUUCUUGGGAACCAUCCUGCCAUCCUACCCACUCGCAGCGGGAGUCCUUACUAUACCACUUCGCUCGAAAGGAAGACCAAAGGGCAGCCUGCUUGGCAAUGGCACACCUGACAAAUGCCUUGUCACAUUUCUCACUGGAGUGUGGAUCUUCAGCUGGUUCCCAAACAAGGCUAGACUUUUUCCCAUUCGUAUAAGACGUUCGGUUACGGCUCUCCCAGAGAGAUGGGACAGAGCACGCACUUUUUCCGUCACGUCUCAUAUAACCUUUUGCGCGCCUCGCUGAACUCACUGUUACCCAACCCUUUAUCGCAAAUGUUCCUGGAAAUCAUUCAGGUUCCGCUUUGGGUCUUUUUGGCCCUCCCUGUCAUUGCCCAUGUAGCGCGUAGCUGGAUCUCCUCUUGGCGCCAGGGCAGCCGCUCCAAGCUUCCCCUCCCGCCCGGCCCGAAGCCCGUUCCGCUCCUCGGCAACAUCAACGACCUCCCCAAGCCAGGCGUGAUCGAGUAUACCCACUGGCUGACCCACAGGGAAAAGUAUGGGCCGAUCAGCUGCGUCACCAUCUUGGGCAACACCCUGGUCCUCGCCAACGAGCUCGACGUGGCGCUGGACCUGCUCGAGCACAAGGGGAACUCUUCCAAGACGUCGGGCCGCCCGAUCAUGCCCUUCGCGCAGGAUCUGGUCGGGUACGAAAACUCGGUCGUCUUUGGAGGCUACAACGACGACUUCCGCCGGAAACGUGCGCUGCUCCAUAGCGCCAUCGGCACCGCAGCGUCCGCGGAGCAUUACCGCAAAUGCCAGGAGAUCGAGUCGGUCCGCCAGCUCGAGCGGAUUCUGGACGAUCCCAAGAAUGUGCUGGAGCAUUAUAAGAGAGCUUCCUCGGUCACCAUACUCAAGACAGUAUAUGGCUACAGCGUCAAUCCCUCUGGGCCGGACCCGGUGCUCAACAGUGCCCUGCAGGCCAUGAAGGAGUUCUCCGAGGUCGUGAAGCCGUUCUCCUGGGCCGUGGACCUGUUCCCCUCGCUAAAGCACAUCCCCGACUGGGCCCCCGGCGCCUCGUUCAAGAAGAAGGCCCGGGCGUACAGGCGGACGCUGACGGACAUGGCGCACAUCCCCUACCGCUUCGUGCAGCACCAGCUCGCGAGCGGCGUCGACAGCGGCUGCACCAUGUCGCGCCUGAUCCAAAAUUCGUCCGAGGCCGCUGCCGCCGGCGGGGAUGACGACGAGAGGCUGAUCGUGUGGGCGGCGGGCAGCCUGUUCGGGGCGGCCGUCGACACGGCGUCGGUGUCGCUGGCGGCCUUCACGCUGGCAAUGCUCAAGCACCCCGAGGCGCAGCGCGCCGCGCAGGCCGAGAUCGACCGCGUCGUCGCCGUCGGGCCCCUCGGGCGGCGGCGGCUGCCGACGUCGGCCGACCGCGCCGCCCUGCCCUACGUCGAUGCCGUCGUCAAGGAGACGCUGCGCUGGUGGAGCGUCUUCCCCAUGGGCAUCCCGCACCGCGCCGACGAGGAGGUCGAGUACCGCGGCUACCGCAUCCCCGAGGGUGCCAGCGUGUUGCCUGCCGUUUGGUGGUUCAUGCACGACCCCGCCGUCUACCGGGACCCCGACCGCUUCGAUCCGGCGAGGUUUACAGACCCGGCUCGAAACGAGCCGGACCCUACGAAAAGCGGUGUGUACGGGUUUGGGCGCAGGGCCUGUCCUGGCCGUCACUUUGCCAACAACCUCCUGUUUGUCAACAUUGCCCAAAUAUUGGCGAGCUUUAACAUUGUUAGACUGACAGCGGGAGAAGGGCGGGAGUCGGAUGGUGUGGACGGUCUGCAUCCGACGCCUGGUCCUGUCAUGUACAUAAAAGACUUCAAGUUCCACAUCUCGCCCAGGAGCCCAGAGCACGAAGACCUAAUAAAGCGGAUGGCGCGCGAGAACCCGGUGCAGCCUGGGGGCGAUUCUUCCAUUAUUGCGAGCAUGGCCUAGACAAAUCCCUAUCAGCUACUUUCACCAAUUGUCCGUUAUUCCGCCACGUCGUGCUCCCGCUUAGUUGACUGAGAUCCUGAGC